AGAGGUUUUCAGUAAGGGUUCAGCUGCAGCUGAGGGAACAUGUCCUUCGUGAACACCCUGCGUCAGUGGGAUGAAGCAGUGGCAUGUGUAGAGAAAAAGGACCUAGUCUCUGCUCUCAGGAUAUUCCUGGACAUUGAGGAUAAGACCUCAAAAAUCAACUUUAACAUCGGAUGCCUCCAUCUGAAUAACAAUGAGCUGGAUGCUGCUGAGAAGGCAUUUGACAGUAGCAUCGGCAAAGAUCAGUAUCUGGCUGUUGCUUUUUUUCAGCGGGGAAUUACAUUCUACAAAAAAGAAAGGUUUGAAGAGUCACUGAUGGAUUUCCAGCAAGCUUUUAAGGAGCUGAGAGGGAAUUCCCUGAUAGACUACAAACCUCUCGGACUGAUGUAUAAGCUUUAUGCUUGUGAGGUGUUGCACAAUACUGGCCUUGUCUAUGCGCAGAUGGGAAACUGGGAGAAAGCUCAGGAAAAUCUGUUUUUAGCUCUUAAGGUCCGCACAGAAUCCAAAUUCACCCACAUCGACAAGGCUCUGGAAUCCAUUCUGAAACAGAAGCUCUUUCCUAUGGUGACGAUUCGACCAGAACUGAUGUUCAAACCCAAUAAGCACUAUGUGGCAGAGCUAGAGAAAAAGGACUACCUUGGAAAGGCCAAGGUUAUAUCUUCUGUGGUUCCUGCUGAUAAUUUCUCAGGUUUUGCUCCUCUUCAGCCUCAGGUUGAAGAUGUGCCGGCUCAACCCAAGGCACCAGAAGUACUGAGAGCUCUCGAAGGUGAACCACACACUGUUCUGUACGAGUUCAUUCCUGAGACCAAAGAAGAACUGGCUGUGUUACCUGGGAACAUCGUCUUCGUUCUUCAGAGAGGGACUGACAACUGGGCAUCUGUUAUUUUUAACGAAAGGAGAGGGUUGGUUCCCUACAAUUUCCUGGAGCCAUUGGAUAUUACAGUGGCCUCAAAAAUGGUGCAGGUUGCACCACCCAGCAUCAGCAACGAAGACAUACCCGCGCCACCAAGACGAGCAGCACCCAGUAAACCUGUGGAUAAAGCAGACCAGAGGGACACCACAGCAGAGACUAAAGCCGCUGAUGAUUUCUCAAAAUGCAUUGUGAAAGUGCACUUCCUGUUUACCAUAUCCAUCUGCAUUACACCAGGACAGUCAUAUAAAGCUGUUCUCAAGAUCAUCAGCUCUAAACUCAAGCGACCUGCUUCUACACUCACUCUGAGUUAUUUAAAGCCUGGAUCUACUGAGAAAGUAACAGUUAACGAGUCAGAGAUGGAGGUGUUGUGGACCUGCGUGAGCAACAAUCGCCUCACACUGUGGUGUUCAGCCACCGAGGAUGAUACUCUAGCUCAGGAAAAGGUGGUGGCUUUGUAUGCUUAUGAAGCAGCCACACCUGAAGAUCUGGAAUUUGCUCAAGGCGAUGUCAUCACUAUCCUGUCGAAAGUGAAUGAAGAGUGGUUUGAGGGCGAAUGCAAUGGGAAGAGUGGCAUUUUUCCGUCAUCUUUUGUUGUAUAUCAUGAAGAUAAUCAGUAGAUGGAGGCAAGUCUGACUGAUAAAAUCUGAAUGCCAAAGAUUAUUGGAUUAUUUAAAGCUCAAGUUUAAUUUAACCAGCAAUGUUAAAGUGCAAUGCUAUAUCUGCAAAUACUUACAUUGUAAUUUUCCUUAUAGACUUGGAUAAUAUGAGCCCAUUACAUUAUUUUAUUGACAUAUUUUAGCUUUUUUGGAAAAAAAAAACUUUUUGGCUUAAAGUUGCAAAUAAAGCACUUGGUAAAAUAUACCAAAGAACCUUUUAUUACUGAUCA